AUGCUGCUAGGGAUCCUUGUGGGAAGUGUCACCUACCAGGCCGGCCUAGAGCAGCCGGGCGGAGCUUGGCAGAACAGCAGUGGAGGGCACGAGGCCGGCGACCCGGUGAUGCAUGACAACAGGAGGCCCCGGUACCUGGCUUUCUUCUAUACCAACUCCACCUCGUUCAUGGCGUCCGUCAUGGUCAUCCUGCUGCUCCUGGUACCACCGAAGCAGCUACUUCGCAAGGACCGCCGGCUCAAGAGGUGGCUUGUGGUGAUGAAUACAACAAUUGUGCUGGACUUGCUUGGCCUCCUGGGUGCAUACGCAGCCGGCUCGAGCAGGGGGUGGAAGACAUCUGUGUAUGUGUUGCUGCUGGUCAUAGGCGUGCUGGUCUACAUGGCAUUCCAUCUCGUUCUAUCCUGCAUCAUCGGAAAGAGGAGCCAGAGCGCCCAACCGUUGCCUGCCGAGUCACCACCGCCAGCGAAACCCGAAGAAACUGCUCCUGAUCCUCCAGUCUAG